GUCGUCCGUCAUGGCGUCGAAAGCACCGGCCGAGGACUCCAGCACGGCGUCGCUCUCGAUGACCACCGAAGAGAACAACCGGAGCCGGCGUUCCCGGUUCAGCUGGCUUCCCUGGCGGUGCUGCCGCCGGGGCGGUGCCGGUUCGCGCGACGAACCGCCCCCGAACCGGCGCGUAGUCCCCAACCACACGGUCGAUGACGAUGUCCCCAAGCAGCAGCACCCGAACCGGGGCUACGCGGGCAACGCAGUGCAGACGACCAAGUACACCCUGCUGUCGUUCAUACCGCGCAACCUGUUCGAGCAGUUCCACCGUUUCGCCAACCUGUACUUCCUAGGCAUCGUGCUGCUCAACUGGGUGCCGCAGAUCAACGCCUUCGGCAAGGAGGUGGCCAUGAUACCCGUGCUCUUUGUGUUGGGCGUCACCGCCAUCAAGGACGCCUUUGAGGACCACCGGCGGUUUGUCUCGGACAAGCGAGUCAACAACUCCACCUGCCGUGUCUACAACAAGCAGUCGGGUCGCUACGUCAAGACGCUAUGGAAGCACGUCAGGGUCGGGGACAUCAUCCACCUGUCGUGCAACGAAGUGAUACCCGCCGACAUCCUGCUGCUGCGCUCGAGCGACGACCAGGGCCUGUGCUACAUCGAGACUGCCAACUUGGACGGGGAGACCAACCUGAAGCAGCGCCAGGUGGUCAGGGGAUAUGCAAAACAGAGCGAGGUGUUCCAUCCAUUGUCGUUCACGAGCACGGUCGAGUGUGAUCCGCCCAACUGCAAAAUCUACCGGUUUCACGGAUUUAUCUGCCAUCCCAGUGGGGAAAAAGUGCCUGUCACCUCGGACAAUCUUCUUCUUCGGGACUGCGUCCUCAAGAAUGCAGACUACAUUGAAGGCGUCGUGCUUUACGCCGGUUUUGAGACCAAGGCAAUGCUUAACAACAGUGGCCCCAGGUACAAGCGCAGCAAACUGGAGCGAUUUAUGAACCGCGACAUCAUCUGGUGCAUCGUCAUUCUUCUGUUCCUGUGCUCCAUUGGUGCCCUCGGUAGCGCGUUGUGGCUGAGGUCGUACGAACACCGCAAAGAAGUGAUCUUCAUAGCCUACGAACAUGACGCCAGAUACAACCCGGCCAUCGAGGGCUUCAUAGCAUUUUGGACCUACAUUAUCAUUCUCCAGGUGAUGAUCCCACUCUCCCUAUAUGUCUCCAUCGAGAUCAUCAAGCUGGGGCAGGUGUUCCACAUCCACGAAGACAUUGAGCUGUUCGACGAACGGUCCAAUCGGCGUCUCGAGUGCCGCGCCCUCAACAUCCCCGAGGAGCUUGGGCAGGUGGAAUACAUCUUCUCGGACAAGACGGGCACCCUCACCGAGAACCACAUGGUGUUCCGCCGGUGCACCAUCGGCGGCCGAGACUUUAACCACCACCACCCCAGCGUCUCGGAAGGGGAAGAGAAUGAUGUCAAGAUACGGAGCUACACUUACUCUCCGAAGCCCCCUUCCAAGGACGACGCGUUCACGCUCAACCCGAAGCUUCAGCGGGAGCUCUCCAGCAUGGAUUACCAGCUGCGUGUGGACAUGGGUUGCCGGGAGGUGGUGCUGACCAGGGAGAGCCAGCGCAUCCAGGACUUCUUUCUACUCAUGGCCACCUGCAACACGGUCAUUGUUUCAAAGUACCCCCACAAGGACUUGAUGAACGGCAGCGGCCUCUACAUCAACAACGGAGGGGCGUUCUCGACGUCCCCCGAACGCCGCCGGGCCCAGCGCAACCACCCGACGGCCCCGAGUCCCCCGUCGGCCAUCCCUCCGAGCCUGAGGGCGUCUUCGCCGACGGAGUCGCGGUGCUCGACUCCCGUGCGCCCCACCAAGCUGCCCCUGCCCUUCCUGGGACUGAGGACAAGCCCCGCCCGCAAGACCGCGACGCCGUCCCCCACGCCGAGCUCGCAGCUCCAGCCCAUCUACGAGGCGGAGAGCCCGGACGAGAUCGCGCUUGUGGACGCAGCCUACCGCUACGGCUGCCGUCUGCUCAGGCGGUCGCCGGACUCGGUGGUCGUCAUGCUGCCGGGUGAGGGUCUGGUGGAGCUGCGGGUGCUUCACGUGCUCCCUUUCGACUCGGUGCGCAAGCGCAUGUCCAUCGUGCUGCAGCACCCCAUCACCAAGCUGAAGGUGCUUUACUGCAAGGGUGCAGACUCCGCCAUCUUGCCCCUGCUGGCGCCGACCAAGGAUCUCGAGAUGCAGCAGCUGAUCAUGAGCACUCAGCAGCAUCUGAACCAGUACAGCAAGAAAGGACUUCGUGUCCUCUGCAUGGCCAAAAAGGUGCUGGAAGACGAGGAGUACGAGGAAUGGCUGGAGCAGCACAAGGCGUCGGAGUUGAGCGUCGGAAAGGCGGAGGAGCGGCUGCUGCGGUCGGCCAGGCUACUGGAGACGAACCUGGAGCUCCUUGGGGCCACAGGCAUCGAGGACCGGCUCCAGGAGGGGGUGCCCGAAACCAUCGCAGCUCUCAGGGCGGCCGGCAUCGUCGUCUGGGUCCUCACAGGCGACAAGCAGGAGACGGCGGUGAACAUUGCGUACUCCUGUCGCCUCUUCUCUACAGACAUGGAAGUCAUAACGCUCAACGCACGCUCUCAGGAAACGACGGAAGAGACGAUCCGCUUCUACCUCGAGCAGAUUGGCAGGUGCCUGACGCGGCGUCCCUCCGACAUCGACGGCGGGGACGGACGCACGCGGUCGUCCUCGUUCUCGAUGCUCCUGGCGCAGCUCGGCAACUUCCUGUUCGGGCGGAGGGGCCGCUCCGAGGUGGAGGACGAGGGGACAGAGGGGGACGAGAUGAGACCCCGCUUCGGCGCCUCCCUGCGCCAGCGGCGCAAGCGGGCGCUUGUAGUGGACGGCCGCACGCUCAGCUACGUGCUGGAGCGGACAGUGGACAAGCUCUUCCUGAAGCUGGCGCAACAGUGCGGCGUGGUGCUCUGCUGCAGGGCCACCCCGCUGCAGAAGGCGUCGGUUGUGAAGCUCGUGAAGGACCGACUGAAUGUGCUCACUCUUGCCAUCGGGGACGGGGCGAACGACGUGAGCAUGAUUCAGGCGGCAGACAUUGGCGUGGGCAUCAGCGGCCAGGAAGGGAUGCAGGCCGUCAUGGCCAGCGACUUUGCGCUUGCGCGAUUCCGGUACCUCGAGCGGCUACUUCUGGUGCACGGACACUGGUGCUACGACAGGCUGGCACGUGCCGUGGUCUACUUCUUCUACAAGAACGCCGCGUUCAUCUUCAUCCUGUUCUGGUACCAGCUGUACUGCGGCUUCACGGGAGCAGUGAUGAUUGACCAACUGUACCUGAUGCUGUACAAUGUGCUCUUCACAUCGCUGCCCCCGCUCAUCUUGGGCAUCUAUGACCAGGACUGCCCGGCGCACCUCCUGCUCAAGAGGCCCGCACUCUACGCGCCCGGACGGCGGUCAAAGACAUACACAAAGUACUCGUUCUGGGUCAACAUGCUGGACGCUCUCUACCAGAGCAUCAUCAUCUACUUCGUGCCAUUUCUGGUCUACUACGACAGCGACGUGGACAUCUGGGAGUUUGGGACCACCAUCUGCACAGCCUGCUUCUUCGUCCAGAUGCUUCAUGUGGCUAUUGAGUGCAAGUCAUGGACGCUGAUGCACGGGAUGUCGAUAGUGGCGAGCUUCUUCGUCUACUUUGGGUUUGCGUUGAUGUACAACGGCCUUUGCUACGACUCGCCGUCGCUGCAGAACCCCUUCUGGGUGAUGCAGCACGCCAUGCUGACUGCCCAGUUCUGGCUUUGCCUCCUGCUCAUUCCAGUCAUCUGCUGUCUGCCCAGGUUCGUGGUUCGCGCCCUGCAGACAAGCCUGACGCCGGGCGACGUCGUGCUCACGCUGAUAGAAGAGCGCACGCGGAAGAGGACACGGGACUCCACACGGUCGGUGUCGUGGUCCCGCGGAUCCAGAAACGUAGCCGUCGUCUUCCGCUCGGCCUGCCACACCCCCGGAGACGACUUCUCGUCGUUCGCGUCCUCUGCCCCGAGUCCGUCGGUGCUGUCUUCACUGGGACUGCCUUCGCCAGGACUGACUUCAUCGUACUGCCUUUCGCAGCGGCCCUCUUCGUCGCUGGAAGACGUCACGGUGUCCCUGCCCACGUAGCCUCCUCUUGUGACGGAGCGCUUAAAACUUUUUUGUAGUGAAUUUGUUGCCGCCGGACUUGUGAAUCUGCGGUGCUAGGACGAGAGGUCAACCCCACCAUUCGUGCUCGGUUUUCGUUCAUUGUGGAUGAGAAGACGUGGAUGACAGCGUUUAUGGCAUUUGACAUGCUCGGGCCUGGACUUACAAAUGUACGAGCAGACAUGCUUUUUUUGGGAGAUUUGUUUCAACUUCCAAAUCUGGAUGCCUGAACUGCUGUGUCGCCAUCAUUUUCGUUGCCCGCUUUGUGGAGAUAAAUUUAAGGGGAUGUUGCGGAUGCACUAGGACUUUUUUUUUUUAUACGAACAAGCUUGAGGGGGGCUGAUCGUUUGUUUCUGAGCCGUGCCUCUUAACUUUGCUGCAAGUUUCCCACACGCAGUUCACACGUUUCGAGCUAAGUCGAAUCGUCGGGCCCCUUGGUCCUUCAAUCUCCGGUGCCUUUCUGAAGCCUUGAACAGGGUAAACUAAAUUUCGAGCUUUUACACAGACCAUUUUACAGUGACCUUUUACACUGCCUCGGAGAAAGAGAGCAUUCUGAGUUCUUACUUUCUUGCUUUUCUGUCAGUUGCAUUGCUAUUACGGUCCGACCCUACCAAACUGACCGUUGACCAACUGUUCCCGUGAACGUGAUGGGAACAUCUUCCUAAAAGGAGUCUGUGUCACGGCGAGAAACGCAAGUAAAGAUUUUUGAAGUGCAGCACGGUUGCCAGCAACGCCUGUGACGGGUUUGAUAAACUUUCUGUUUGGGCGGGGCAGAGCUAUUAGUAACGCUGGAUUACCGUGUGCACAGCAAACAUGAAUUACUAGUGGGGAUGCUCGAUGGCGACCUAUUGAGAACCGACUUUGGAUCGUGGUCUGGAAGAGGAUCUUGGAUGGAACCAGGGAUGCAAUCUACUUUCAUCACGGCAUCCCGUUGCAAGUUUCGCUCUGCCAUACAGUGCUUCAAGUGCUGGCAGUUGCUCAAGCAGCAACUUUCCGUCCUUUGAGAAAGGUGUGUUCACAUCACCAAUGUGCAUUAUGGACCUCUACGUUCGUGUGCGGCGCACGAGCCGUGCUUUUGUACAAGGAAAACUGCCAGUUUGUCGCACGACCAGGUGCUUUCGUGGUUGCCCACGGCCAUACUAGUCACUUUUUUUCUUUUCUUCGGUGUUCGGAGCAUUCACCACUGCUGAAUCCUAUGCAAAAUGCCAAUCUGUGUCGUGUCCUGCGCAUCGGAGGUGCUGAUACUUGCACCGGCUCUUGUCCAUGCCAUGUUGUGUUUUUAACAUGUUUGUUCUUGCUCUGUUUAGUUUUUUAUUUACGAAUGCAAAUGGACUUUUGGUUUUUGCAUGAUUUUGGUACAGACACUGAGUUGGAACAUUUGUAGCGUUCAAAGGGGGCCAAGCUGAGCAGAGAGGUGGGCAAGGUUCCUGCCAUCUGCAGACGAUCAAACGGUUUUGCACAUUCGCAUACUUAAGUUGUUUUUGUCGUUUUUUUUUUCUUGCCAAAGGUUUCGCUGGCCGAUUGUUUCUUUUGUGUUUUUUCUUUGAGUGACUUUUUUUUUUUUGGUUGUGGGGAGGACUUUUGUUUCUGGGCUUAGUCACUUCUAUAUAUUGUGACUCGUUUACGAUUCUUUGAAAAUGCCCGUGAUUUUUUCGAGUCACCUUUGAUCUUGCCGAGUCACUCUUGGUUCUGCUCAGGGAGAUGAAUUUCAUGUGUCCCCAAUACGCCAUGCUUCUAACCUCUGCUAAUUUAAAACAUUCUUCCUUGUCUGUUAUUGUUUGUGAUGCGUAUUGACUAGGCAUUGCGAGACUGGCUUUUUUUUUUACAUGCGGUGUAUAUUUAUGGGAAUGUGGGAGCUUGUAUAAGUGUGGGUCGGACAUUUUUUUUCUUCCAAACGGUGUACACACUUGUAAAUAGUAUACAUAUCUUAUGUACAUAUUUGCAUUGCUGGCAUGAGUCAGCAGUGGUUGUAAAUCUUUGUGAAAUGGUUCAAAUUUGUGGGGGGAUGGUGCUUUUUGUGUUUGUGUUCUUCUGACGAGAAUGAAACUGUGCUUGGCCAUGAGAUGCCAUUGUGAUAAAUCACUUUUUUUGUGUCGUACGAAUGGAGAUCCAAGUAGGUAUGUCUCUUCAACUUUGUGUCCAUGCUGUUGGUGCUUAUCGACUUGUCUAAAUUUGCAAGGACCAGUAGUUUUUGUUGUUUUUUUUAAUGCAGAAUAAACUAAAGAAGUGCAUUAUUGAAAAA